CGAAUUUGAUCGAAGUCUGGCUUCGACCGGAGGGCAUCGACCGCCAUAGCAACAACAUCUAAGCAACUUCGAACUUCGUGAAAAAGCGCGAGUGCUCGAAAAUGGAGGUUGCUGGUAAAAGAGUUCCAUCACCGAUAUUUGCGACUAAGGAUAAUCCUGCAGCUGAUCCCCGUCAAAUGAGGAGGAUCAUAGCUGAAGAUCCUGACUGGAGUCUUGCAACUGUUCCACUGCUUACAGAACUCUGUGUAAAGCACAUUGUGAAAAACUUUGAAGAUAACCCCGUUCUUGAUGAACUCCUUCCAAAGCAUAAGUUCAAAGUACUUGAAGCCUUGUCUACGGAAAUUGCCAUGAAAGUUACAGCUGGACUGGUUUCUGAUGAAGGAUAUUGGAAAAGAUGUUGUAAAGCACGAUGGGAAGUUUGUGAUAUCAACAACAAUGGAAACAGUUGGAAGAGGAUGUACUUUGAAAGGAAUUUACAAGGGCUCAUUGAAAAUUUUGUCCCAGAAACCACAGACCAAUCUUUGUUGAAUGAAACCCUUAAGCUGUCAGCUCCAUAUGUUAGAGGGUUAAACAUCAGACAGCUUCUGCCUCCUGUAAAAGAAACAUUAAUCAAAGAUGAUGAUAACUCUGAUGCUGGCAGUGAUGCUGGACAAGAUGGUCCAAACAUUGAUCACUUUGACUUUGGUCUUAUCACUCCAUCACUGAUACAUCUGGAAGAACUUCAUUUGACUUAUGGUGUUCGGGAUUGUGGGAUGAACUUUGAAUGGAACCUAUUUCAGUUUACUGCCAGAGAUUGUCUUCUUCUGGCUAAGGCUGUGAAAGCAUGUCACACCUUAAAAGUGUUCCAUCUUCACAGAAGUGGUGUGGAUGACGAGAAAGUUCGAGUUUUAAUCAGUCAUGUAUUGGACCAUCCCUCUCUCCUUACUUUAGAUCUUUCACACAACAAGAUUGAAGACAGUGGUGCGCGAGCGGUCGGCAAGUUACUGAAUGGUCGAUGUAACCUCACCACGCUAAACCUCUGCGAUAAUAAAAUACGAACGAACGGUGCUGCCGCCAUAGGACACGCCUUGGGGAAAAACACCACACUGACACGUAUUAAUCUUAGACUAAACAGACUGGGAGAUGAUGGUGGUCAAGCAAUUUGUCGCUCUCUGUUUAAAAACAACUCCCUCACACAUGUCCAUUUAGGAAGUAACGAUCUUGGUGAACCAACAGCGGCCAUUUUGUCACAGGUUUUAGCCGAUAACAAGACCUUGGUGGAUAUUAACUUAUCGUGCAACACAAUAGGACCGGAUGGAGGAAAAUCAUUACAAGAAGGAAUGGAGGAAAAUACGACGAUACAAACCAUGGACCUGAGACUAACAGAAGUGGGACAAGAAAAUGAAUACUGUAUAAAUCAAUUACUAAAAAGAAACAGAGAAGAAAAGUACAGACAUAGCCAGACAAGUUAACUCAGUUCUUGAUGGAGAUGUGAAGCUUGUUUCGCCGACAACGUCUGAAAUUGUGGACUGUCUCAAAAUGCCCUUAGAUAUUGUUUCUCGAGCGAAAAGCACUGAAACUACAUAUCAAUCUUAGUGUCUGUGUUUUUUUACUUGUCAACACAAAGAGGUUUUAUUUGGAGGUACACCUUUUGUUAAAAUAACCGUAUGAAUGAUGUUGAUGUAGUGGUAUGUCAAGGUGACACAGUACUUCUUAAAUGGACUGAGACACUUAAUUAUUGCAAAUAAAUCAUUUUUUAUUAUAUCGGA